AUGGUCAAGAUAGAUGGGGUCGAGCUUGACAAUCUUUACGCCGUCAAGCGGCCGUACAAUGGCACGGUGGAGACCGGGGGAGAUCCUUUGGUGCAGGACUUGAACGUGUGGUAUAACGUGGGCGCCCGCCUCCCCUUUUGGCAGACGGGCGAUAUCGCCUUUGUCAUCACAAGCACAGCCCUGAUGUUGCUGAUGAUACCGGGGAUUGGUUUGUUCUACUCGGGACUCGCACGGCGCAAAUCAGCGCUCUCGCUAAUGUUCCUAUCCAGCCUGGCCCUGGCCGUGACGACGGUACAGUGGUUCGUCUGGGGAUAUUCGCUGUCCUUCUCACGAACGGCCAACGGCUUCAUCGGCGACCUGAGCAACGCCGGGUUCCGAAACGUCCUGGCGCGUCCCUCCGUCGGGAGGGAGCGCAUCCCGGACCUCCUCUUCGCCGUGUACGAGGGCAUGCUGUCGGCGCUAACGGUGGCGCUGGCCGUCGGCGCCGCGGCCGAGCGGGGCAGGGUGCUGCCGGCGGUUAUAUUCAUGUUCGUCUGGGCGACGCUGGUCUACGACCCCAUCGCCUGCUGGACCUGGAACCCGGCCGGCUGGUCGUUCAGGAUGGGCGGGCUCGACUACGCCGGCGGCACGCCCGUCCACAUCGCCUCUGGCGCGGCCGCGCUGGCGUACUCGAUGAUGCUGGGGCCGAGACGGGGCCACGGAACGCAUGAGCUGAAUUUUCGUCCGCACAACGUCGCACACAUCGUCAUCGGGACUGUGUUUUUGUGGUUCGGGUGGUUUGGCUUCAACGCCGGGUCGACGCUCGCGGCGGACCUCCGCGCGGUCGUCGCUGUCGUUGUGACGCACCUGGCGGCGUGCGUCGGUGGGCUUACCUGGUGCCUCAUGGACUACAGGGUGGAGCGGAAGUGGUCUGCCGUCGGGUUCUGCUCCGGUGUGGUUGCGGGGUUGGUGGCCAUCACUCCUGGGUCGGGCUACGUCCCCGUCUGGGCAGCAAUACCCUUCGGGAUCCUAGGAGCAUCAAGCGCCAACCUUUCCACUCGGCUCAAGUUCAUCCUCGGCAUCGACGACGCGCUCGACAUAUUCGCUGUACAUGGCGUGGCCGGGUUCGUGGGCAACAUGUGCACAGCGCUCUUCGCCCUCAACCAGGUGGCCGCGCUCGACGGCGUCUCGGCCGGCAGCACCCGCGACGGCAUCGCGGGCGGCUGGCUCAGCGGCCACUGGAUCCAGAUCGCGUACCAGCUGCCGGGCUCCUUUGCGGGCCUGGCUUACUCCUUCACCGGGAGCUGCGUCAUCCUGGCGGCCCUCGACCGCAUCCCGGGCUGCCGCCUGCGCGCGACCGACGAGGCCGAGGUCAUCGGCAUGGACACCGCCGAGCUGGGCGAGUUUGCGUACGACUACGUGGCGCUGACGCGCGAGCUGCUGCCGCCGCUGCCGCGCGACGAGGAUCACACGAGCGACGGGACCGCUGUCGGUGUUGCUUUUUCGCGGCCGUCGGCCAUGGCACCGAGGCAUAGUCAGUGGUUCUCGGGCGGGCGGGAGCUGCUUCACGGUGAUGACGGCUCGUCCCCGAUGAAGCCAAUGAGGGCGCGGCUUGGUUCCGAGGGCCACAUCGUGGGUCGGUAUUGA